UACGAGCCCUCUAAAAAGCAAGGCAUUGCUAUCUAUCUUGGCUACUGUACCUAAGAAUUGGUAAGAUGGAGUUCUUAAAGGAAUGUGAACAAGCAGAUGAAAUCUCUCGCAGUGCCUUCCCUCCUGACUUCGUCUUCGGCGUUGCCACUUCGGCCUAUCAGGUUGAAGGUGCCUGCAAGGAGGACAACAGGGGUCCUAGUAUCUGGGAUGCUUUUACACACACUAAAGGCAAGAUCAUUGAUGGAAGCAAUGGUGACAUUGCUGUGGAUCAAUAUCAUCGGUAUAAGGAAGAUGUUGAUCUCAUUGCUAAGUUGGGAUUUGAUGCUUAUCGGUUUUCCAUAUCAUGGUCUCGAAUCUUCCCUGAUGGUCUAGGAACCAAAGUCAAUGAAGAUGGGAUUGCUUACUACAAUAAUAUCAUCAAUGCUCUCCUUGAAAAAGGCAUCCAGCCUUAUGUAACACUAUACCAUUGGGAUCUGCCAUUGUAUCUUCAUGAAAGUAUGGGAGGGUGGUUAAACAAGCAGAUUGUAAAAUACUUCUCAGUCUAUGCAGACACCUGCUUUGCAAGUUUUGGCGAUAGAGUAAAGAACUGGAUCACAAUUAAUGAGCCUCUUCAGACUUCUGUCAAUGGUUACGGUUAUGGGAUAUUUGCUCCUGGAAAACAUGAACAUGCAUCUUCAGAACCAUAUUUGGCUGCACACCAUCAAUUGUUGGCCCAUGCGGCUGCUGUUUCAAUAUACCAAAGCAAGUAUAAGGAUAAGCAAGGUGGACAAAUAGGAAUAGCAGUAGACUGUGAAUGGGCAGAGGCUAAUUCAAAUAAAACUGAAGACAAAAUUGCUGCAGCAAGGCGCCUAGAUUUCCAGCUUGGAUGGUACUUAGAUCCAAUAUAUUCUGGAGAAUAUCCCAAAGUUAUGCGUGAACGACUUGGAGAUCGGCUUCCCAUAUUUUCAGAGGAAGAUAAGGAUUUGCUCAAGAACUCAUUAGACUUUGUUGGUCUGAAUCACUAUACAUCAAGAUUUAUUGCUCAUGUAGAAGACAGCCCUGAGGAGGGUGAUUUUUAUAGAGCACAAGAGAUGGAGAGAAUUGAUAAAUGGGAAGGAGGUGAGAUUAUUGGUGAGAAGGCAGCAUCAGAAUGGCUUUAUGUUGUUCCCUGGGGCAUCCAUAAGGUCUUGAAUCACAUAUCACAGAGAUACAAUAAUCCACCGAUAUUUAUAACUGAGAAUGGUAUGGAUGAUGAGGAUAAUGAUUCCUCCCCACUUCAUGAAAUGCUAGACGACAAGCUGAGAGUUAGUUACUUUAAAAGAUACCUUGCAGCAGUCAGCAAUGCAAUGAGGGAUGGAGCAGAUGUGAGGGGAUAUUUUGCAUGGUCAUUACUGGAUAACUUCGAGUGGGCUCAAGGCUAUACCAAACGCUUUGGUUUGGUUUACAUUGACUACAAGAAUGGGCUCUCCCGCCACCCGAAAUCUUCUGCGUACUGGUUCUUGCGGUUCUUGAAAAAUGUUGAAGGAAAAGAUGGCAAGGAUGAAUAACUGACCAUUAAUCUUUCACGCAAAUUUGCUUACUACAUGCAUUAAUUUUAUGCAAGGGACCUCGAUAACUUGUUUCAUGUCGCAAAGUUUUAUUCUGUUUCACAAAUCAUUUAAAUGAUUCGGGAACUAGAUUCAGUUGUGUUGUAUUAUAUGCAAAUUGCGUGAGAAGCUGAUGUUUUCAUUUGCA